AUGAGUAAUUACCAACAUAACAUCAAUGGGCCUCACUUCCCAGCGGGAGCACAUGUGGCUCAUUACAGUCUAGCAAACACAACUCUGAUUGGCCAGGAAGUACAACAUCGACUCUGGGAAAAGCACUGGGGAGAGCAGUUUCCAGCCCCACCUCCACUUUACAUGUGGUGCCAGCCAGGAAUAUGUUUACAUAGUUACCCAUAUGGCUUGCCUCCCACCUUCCGUCCUGUUUAUGCACAGACUGGCUCUGACCAAUCAGAGCAUCCAGUGUUGUUGCCAACACCUAGACAGGAAAAGAGCAGUGAUGCUCCAGACAAGACUUUUACAGCUAAAUCAGACAAUUCUUUGGUAGGAACUCUUCAGAAAACUAAAACAUUGACAAGAAACACAACGACAACAUCCAAGCUAACACAAGUUUUCAAUUCUGUGGGCCAUAAGGCUUUGGACCCAGUGACUGAAGACCUUAACUGGAAUAUCUUCAGCUCAGAUCUGGCAGAUGGAAUUGUUGUCAGCAUAUUGGAUAGUUUCAUCUCUGAGCUUCCUGUGCUUGAUAUAACCAUGGUACAGUCUGUAUUGCAGGAAAUUGACAAACAUUUAUCCCAAGAUAAAGCUCAAAGUCAGAAUAGUUCAAUCAAAAAAUUGGAUUACUUUAACGACAUUGAAAGUUUGCCGUGCACACAACAAACUUGCAGUGAUGAAAUAAGCAGCGAGGAGGCAAGGGGAUCAGGUGAAACGACUGGAAAUUCAGACAAGUUAGAAAACUGUACAACUCUAUCUGAAGCACAUAGUUUUUCAAAUAUCUGUGGAGAGGAAGGUAAUUCUUCCCAAGGCUUUCACACGAUUGGAAAGACAUUCCAGGAGGAAGAAGACAGCUGUUCUGAUGUGACCAUUGUCAACCCAGACACAUCAAACACAAAUGAAAUUGAAACAUUAGGUAUUGAUAGCAAUUUAACAGAUGGACAAACAAAGCAGAUAGCUAGUGACAAUGACUUCAAGGAAGAACAGACUUAG